AUGCCUUCACUAUCUCGCGUACUUGGAUGGGCGCCUCCCGACAACGAGGACUACCUCGACGUCGCUCUCUCCUCGAGCCCUCUCCUCCCUCUCCAGAACCCCACGUUCCACAUAUCCGAGCCCAAUCCUAUUAGACGCGCUCCGCGACGCGUUACGUCGAGAAACUUCGAGUCUACCUCUCCUGCAUCCAGCAACUCGCCCCUUUCAUCUGACGGCGAGUCUCCGAACGAGAAACGCGUCGAAGGCCACGGGAAACACGCUGAUCCGUCGUGGGUCGCGCGUCCCCGGAACGAGUUCAUUUUGUUCCGCUGCGACUACGUCCGGAAGCAUUCGCGUGAGGGCAAGCGCGUCAGACGCCCUCCCGGUGCAGAGGCCGAGAAGACUCUCUCCAAGCAGGCAGCCGAGGCCUGGCACCACCUUCCCCCGGAGGAGCGUCUCUACUGGAAGGAACGCGCCAAUGGCGAGAGGAACGAGCACGCGCGUAGAUAUCCCGACUACAGAUACCGACCCAAGAAAAGUGCCGCAGGCCGACGGCGCCAGACGCGCUCCUCUCCCAACAAACAGCAGAGUGGCUCUCCAGAGAAGGUCCCAGCUCCCAACGCGUCCGAUAAGGAGCCUGCUUCCCCCACUGUUACGCGUCAUACGUCGGUGGCCGACCUUACCAUGAACAGAAUGCGACCUCGACGAUCCGUUUCCGUCCCCGAGCUGAAAACGGAGCCAGUGCAGCAUCGACGCUUGAGGUCUACUGCGAGUCAAGGAUGGAUUACUAUCUCAAACUCGACCGUCGGCCCUGAUACCCAGAGGCGCUCCUCUCAAGAGUAUCUAUCUACUUCUACGCGAAUCAUGUCCGACGUCGCCCAAGGAGAAUACUCUGUAUCCCCAGCACCCCUUCCCCGACUUCUCCAGGCAUCCAGUUCCUCCCUUCUCAACUGGAAUGGCGAGCGCAUGGUUGCGGCAGUACCACAGCCAACACAGUUCCUCUCGUCGACCUCAGUCUCUCUCCUCUCUGGCAUCGACAUCUCUGGCGGAUCCAUGCUCACCGAAUUCACCAGCGGCGGCAACCCCAUCGCGCCAUCCCAGUUAUUUAACAUGGGACAGGGUCACUACAGCGCACAAGGCGAUAUUUGGAUGCCUCAGCUCCAGAGCUAUCCAGAAGAGGCCGCCGCACCCACAGCGGCGGGUGACGAACUGGGAUCUGAUGCUAACACACAGGACUCGGCGUCCGACCCUUCUCCACUUGGCUCCACGGUACCCACCAUUCCAGAGUACGACGAGUCAGGUAAUGGCGUAAACUUGUCGAGUAUGGCAGACUACGGUCUCCAUUCUACUGGAUGUACCCCUAUCGACCUGCCAGGCGCCACUCCCGAGGCCAUCUACUCUAUGGAUGCCGAAGAAUUAUUCAAUCUGAGUUAUUAG